GGCGCGGGGCCGGGACGGGUAGGCCGCGCCGCGGGGAUGCCGCCGCCGCUCCGCGUCUGAUCGCGUCUCAUCGCGUCUCAUGGCGUCUGCUCUCUGCGGUUGGCUCCGGAGGUGGUUUACUGGCCAUGAGGCGCAGCAGUGAUGCGUAGCAAUGGUUGACUCGCCUUGUGAGGCCGAGUUACUCGCGCUAGUGAGAGAGUAUUUGGAUUUUGCUGAAUUUGAAGAAACAGUGAAAGUAUUUACAAAGGAAUGUAAAAUAAAAGGGAAGCCACUUCCUAAAUCAGCUGGUGUUUCCCCAAGAGAUUCAAAAGCUCCACCUGUUCAGAAAGAUUUGCUCACGGCAUUUGAAAAUGGUGAUCAGAAAGUUUUCUUCCAGCUUUGGGAGGAGCAUAUUUCGUCUUCAGUCCAGGAUGAUGAGCCAGAUGCUCAGAAACUGGAGUUUUAUCUUCACAUACACUUUGCCACCUACCUCUUAAAACAUUCUGUGGGAAAACCUGACAAAGCUGAGCUUGAGGAAAGUAUGUCUCAUUUUAAAGCAUUCUUGGAAACAAAAGGAGCUACACUGAGCCAGACUACAGAGUUUCUUCCCUUCUAUGCUUUGCCUUUUGUUCCAAACCCCCUGGUGCAUCCUUCCUUUAAAGAACUUUUCCAGGAUUCUUGGACACUGGAUUUAAGGAAAAGAUUGGAAGAGUUCCUGUCUCUGAGUCUUAAAGCCAGACAGACUCCUCGGCUUCUCACUUUAUUCAAGGAGAAUGGACAGUACAACAAAGAAAAGUUGCAACAACUUCAUGAACAGUUAUUUGAAGCUGGUCACAGGAGCAUGACCUACCUGAAACAACUUAACAAAAUGCAGGCAGACUACCAUAAUCUCAUUGGAGUCACUGCAGAGCUGGUGGAUUCCUUGAAAGCCACAGUCAGUGGCAAGAUGAUCACGUCAGAGUAUCUCCAAAAUGUUUGUGUUCGCUUGUUUAGCAAUCAGAUGAGACAAAGUGUGGCACAAAGUAUUGACUUCACAAGGCCUGGAACCGGAUAUUACUCUAUGAGCCCUUGUGAUGACGGAUAUGCUUCCACAAUGAUAAGAGCAUCUUUAGCCCCUGUGAAGAUGCAGGAUGUGCCAUUGUUGCCCUCUUUGGAUUAUGAGAAGCUGAAGAAAGAUUUGAUUACAGGGAAUGAUCGUCUCAAGGCCUUCUUACUGCAGGCUCUGCGCUGGCGCUUGACAACAUCAUAUCCUGGAGAACAGAGAGACACUGUCCUGCAAGCCUACAUCAGUAAUGACCUUCUAGACUGCUACAGCAACUGUCAGAGAAACAUCUUCAAAUUGUUACAUUCUAAGAGUGAGGUAGUCAGACAGUAUAUGGCAAGGCUCAUCAAUGCUUUUGCUUCACUGGCAGCAGGUCGUGUCUACCUUUCUCAGAACCCAACGUUGCUGCGAAUGCUGGAGGAGAGACUGAAAGCUGAAGACAAGGGUUCCCUUACAUGGGAGAAUAUUCUGGGGACUCUGCAGAAAUUCAGUCUCAGGCGUGCGCCGCAGUCAGCAAUGAUCAAAGAUGGGCUCAUUUUCUGGCUGGUUGAUGUUCUAGCAGAUACAGAUUGCCUGUCUGAUUACACCCUGGAGUAUUCUGUUGCCUUGCUCAUGAAUCUUUGUCUGCGGACUGCAGGGAAGAAAAUGUGUGCAAGAAUCGCAGACCGUGUGCUCAGAGCUCUCUCUGACCUUCUUGGCCACGAGAAUCAUGAGAUACAACAAUAUGUGAAUGGAGCACUGUAUAGCAUUCUUGCCAUCCCUUCUGUCCGAGAAGAAGCCAGAGCAAUGGGAAUGGAAGAAAUUCUGCGCUGCUUUAUCAAGGAAGGAAAUGCAGAGAUGAUCCGACAGAUUGAAUUUAUUAUCAAGCAGCUCAAUUCAGAAGAACCAUUAAAUGACAGUGUUGUGUCUGAUGAUGAAGAGGAAGAAGAGGAUGAUGAGGAGGACCAUGACACCAUGGAGGCUGAUCUGGACAAAGAUGAGAUUUUGCAGCCUCAAUUAGGAGAACUUGCAGGAGAGAAGCUGCUAACAACUGAGUACUUGGGAAUAAUGACUCAUACUCCAAAAACCAAGAAGAAGCUGUUUCCUGGUGUCCAUCAGAGUAUAGAUGAGCCCCUCAAGAGACCUGUGACGCCAGGUUAUCACAGAACUGUGUACCUAAUGCCAGAAAACAAUCCCAGUCCUUGUCACGACAGGGAUGAGAAGCUGCACUCUCCACCGAGUGGUCAUCCUCCCAUUUGUGGUGGGAGCAGGUCCAGCAGUUCUCACCUCUGCAUUUCCCCUCCAUCACUUGAAAUGAAGUCAUCUGAAGUCUUCUCACCAGGCCAUAGAAUGGACCGAAGCAUCACAGACAGUGACAACAUCUUGUGUUCCCAAUCUACUGACUUCACCCAGGACAGAGUAAACGGGCAAUCACAUAGCGAGUUUCCCUCAGCUUUCACCAGCAAACCUAAGAUCCCUCGCACUCCUGAAGUGCAGAGUGCCAGCCCUAGAAAGGGAAAGGUCCCAGCCAUUGCCCCCCAGUUCUCCCAGUCUGGACCCCAACAAACAAGCCAUCCCAGCUCCUCAGGAUCAUCCACGAGGAGCAUACAGAGCAGACAGUCCUGCAAGAAGUGAGAACAGUUCCUUUCCUCGAGAAUCACCUGUCACAUUGUUGAAGGACAGAGCCAGCUUCCUGUAAUGAGCUUUACUGGAGACCUACUGAGAAGAGAGUGAGGUUACUGACACUGCAGGGUACCCUGCAUGGCGAUUCAGGGAUUAUCUGAUGGGAUGCUUCUGUUGUCCUCUCUAAAGCUGCCUAAGACAAGGGCCUUGUUAUUACAAUUCAAGGUCUCAGCAAUAGCCCAGGACUGAUAAGGGACAUAGACAUAGUCCCAGUGUCUCAGAUAUACUCUAAAGUGACAUUGUCACCUUGAGAAGAAACUUUACUCUCUGCCUUCUGAGUCAGAGUAAACAGCCUUUGGAGAGGGUAUGUAGGGCUCAGCACAGGUGUCUGACCAAACAACUGUCUUUUUUACAUGUUGCUUGCUGAACUAGCCUGCCACUUGUUUGUUUGCUUGCUUUUAAAUUAUGCCUUGCUGAAUGAGUUGGGACAUAUCAAAGGAUCUGCACCAGGGGGGAAAAUGUCUGUCACGUGUGCAGACAGAGCCUCACUGCCUGGAGCAGUCUUGUGAGGAGCAAGAUCUGUGUUUGGUCACCAGAGACUGGACAGAAACUAUUUCAUCAACCUGUGGCAAUUGAAAACCAUGGUGCCAGUGCCCAAGGCAGCAUCCACACUCCCCUCAGAGGCUCUGAUCAGUGUUUUUCUGCAGCAGUUACACCUGUUCCUGUGUUUGGGUUUUUUUUUUUCCCCCUUAAUUCUACUGUUUAACACUUAUGGAAUGAAUAAUAUUCUUGUUUUCCCCACUGGAAUGAAGAACCUUGUUUUGUCAUUCAUAGAAGAAACCAUGAGAAUGUGAACAGAUCAAAAGCAACUGUCUCUUUACCUGUGGCUGUGGACAACCCUUUUUGGUCUUUGUUGCUUUUUUUUAUCUUCUUCAUUUCUGAGCAAGGACUGGUUGUGUGUUUAUGGAACUGCUGGCUAGGCAAGAGAGGUCAGGAAGGCCUCCAGUAAAUAAAAAAGUCAGCAGUUAGUUCCAACCACCCUAUUACCGAGGUAGCACUCUUUGGUGUUAUUUCUCUCAAAAGUGACAGCACCAGGAAACAGAAAAGUCUUCACUGGGGGCUGGCUUUUCAGUAACAUCCCCUCAUGUGACCCAGUUGUUAGGAAAACGGCAGCAACUGUUCCUGAAAUGCAGUUUGCCCUGGAACUUGGCUGCUGCUGAGGCAGAAAGGCACCAAAAGCAGGCAAUGUGCGUUGUCAGGGCAGACUUCAAAAGCAAAGGUCUUCACAGGCUCAAAAAGGAGAAGGUAAGGCUUUUGUUUUGGCAUGUCACCUUGAGAAACAAACAAGUGGAACACAGCCUGAAAGCUGAAGCAACUGCAAUAACUCACACUCCCUUCCCUUAAAGUAAAGAGUUGCAAAGCCACUAAUCAUUUCCACAGGAACAGAAGAAAGCUUUAUGCUUCUCCCGAGACCUUGAAUUGUACCUCGUGGUAUGUGGUGGCAACUGGAGACAAGGCUGUUUCUUCAUGUGUCGUAGUUGCUAUGACACCUACCAGGAUCAGUGACACCGUGUCAGAGGUUUGCAGAAAGGGCUCCUGUGCUCAAGUGCAGGUAACUCCUUUGAUAGUAGCCUUUAAAUUGAAAUCAGGAUGUUUUGUAAGGAGAAGACAGUUUAAAAUCUGGUCACAUUCAUGUUACAAUCUACUGCUCAGUAACUUCAAGGUGUCCACAGGUGUAAUGCGAAGUAGGCAGAGUAUGGAUCUGGCUUAAACUCCCAGAUUACACAGGACAUAAAGCAGUUACAGACACCUGAUAACCCCUGUCACAGAGAUCUAGACAGAGGAAUCACAGAAAAUCCCUGACCUGUGCUUAGAUUCAUCCACCUCCUCUCACAGCUGAUAAACACAACCAAUGGAAAUCACAUCCUCUGCUUCACAAAAGGGUAGUGAUGGAAAACAGCCAUAAAAACCCACCUAGUGCUUUUCCAGGGUAGGCAGCUUUUCUUUUCCCUCUGAAAUGCUGUCUUUUUUCCAGCACCUGCUAUCAAUGGGCAAGUUGUUAACACUGACGUGCUAAGCACAUUCAUCUGCAUACACAGAUGACAGACUGCUCCAGCCAUUGAGUUCCAUUUACUUUACAGCACUGCUGAGUGUUUUGUUGGAGAAGAGCUGAUUCUUUGAGGCACAGGGCUGCUUUUGAAGUGUUCAGUGUAGACUGAGGUGGUUUUUUUUGGGACGUGGGGGAGUGGAGUGAGGGCAACAACAACUCCAAAACCUCCCUGGCUUUACCAUUAGUUGAGGUCAAAACUGUGUAACUCCUUACAAGUCAGUUGAAGGUGAUUGGUAGGUGCAGCUACAGCUGCUCCAGCAGAUCAAGGGUCAUGAAAACCAAAAUGCAUGGUGCAGAGCAGGACUGAAAGGAGCAAGCUGAAAUUUAUGUACUUGUGUGUUUGUUUCUUACUCGGGCCCAUUGCAAUACAGGACUCUGUGUGUACAUUUUUCCAUGUUCAACUCUUACAUCUAAGGAUAGAGUUUGAAAACUGAGACUAUUUUUUAUACUAAUGCUUGAGAAAUUUCAUUUUCCAAAUAUUUGAGAGAAGCUAUGGGUAUGCUUAGAAAUAAAUGAUCAGCUGAGCAGUAAUCUGAGAGGCCAACCAAGUGAUGUGUCCUCCUUUUCUCGGUCUGGUUCACAAGGAGCCCCUGUGAAGUCAGUCAGAAGGUUUUGAAGCUAAUGAAGAAUGUUGAUUCUGCCUUUGUUAGUAGGACUCCACUAUUCAGGGUUGAAAGGUGCCUGGGACAGAGGUCAGUAACACACACAUAGCAAAUUCUGCACCUCACUCUUCAAAGCCAUUAACUACUUUUUGUACAUGCCACACAGAGGCUGCUGUUAGAGACACCACCACCCUGGUAAAUUCAGAAUGGGAGCAGUAGAAAUGACCUGCCUGAAUGAGAGGAGUGUGACUAUACUUAAAAGUGGCUGCAAUUGUUGUUUGUAAUAAGCAAAUACAGUUAUUACAGAGAGUACAAGAUCUACCAGGGAAGGUUUGCUGGGACAAAAGUGCUAUGUGGUGCCAGUGUGCCUUUUGGGUAGCUUUGCUCUAUAUUCAGUAUAAUUUUGUUUAUGGACAGUGUUUGAUGAUGCCUGCUGUGACUUUAUGAUUCUAGAAACUGCAUAUGGAGGUCUCAUUCUGUACAA